CUCAGCGAUUUCGUCUGAGGGAUGCCGGAGGUGGCUGAGAUGAUGACUUGAUGCUUUGCCAUGGAUGGGUUGAGAUGCUUCAUGGUUGCCUUGGUCACGCUGCUCCUCUAUCGCCCAGGUCCACCUUGGUGCACUGCCCGACACCUGGUGCUUUGGACAGGGUUCCUGGUAUUGCUGCCCAUCUUACUGUCGGUGCCCGCAACUCUGACUUCCCCAAUAGCAGAUGACAUCUAUUUGGAGCAGCAGAACUUUUCUUCUCUUUUGCUGAGUCAAAGCAUUGUGGUUAACAAGACACACACAGCCUUAACUGAAAGCACAAGAGAUUCCAGGACAAAUACAGAGUUUCCUGAGUUAUCAUCACCAGUAACCACUCCUUUUGAAAUGACCUCAUUGGACCAAGAACGGGGGAGCAGAGCCUCAGUUCAACAAAAUGGACCAGCACUGGAUUUUUCAGUAACAAGCAAUGAAGCCAUCUUAAGCGACGAUAGUUUUAUUAGUUCAAUUUCAAAUGCACAACAGACUCCUUCACUGAAAUCUUUUGUAGAAGAUGAUCAUUUGGGUUCCUAUCCAGUAAAGCCAACUAAAGAAACACUACAGACUUUAUUGUUAGCACCUUCACUAGCUGUCUCCUCUUUGCCACUUGAUUAUGUGGGAACAUUGCAGACAACACUGCAAAGGGCUGCCUCUGUCCCUCAUAUAUCUCUCCCACACUUGAAGUCUUUUGAUGGGAUGAGUAUUAAUCUAACCCCAUACAGAGACUUGCUCAUGCCUCAGACUGACUUACAUUCUGUUGCAUUAGAAAUGGCAGAUGCAAGUAUUGGAAAAGAAGGGGAGACUUUGCCAUCUUAUCUUUUCUCUUCAACUUCUUUGCUUUUUGAUACUACUGUAGAACAGUCGCCUACAUAUCACAAUACACAAAGAACUUACACAUAUCCAGAAGCUCACUAUAGUAUCAAUAGCAGUUUAACUGGAACACUGGGUCCAAAAUAUUCAUCUGUCCUAAGCAUUCCUACUUCAUUAGCAACUAUGUUUUCAACCCAUUUUCCUUUUGUUUAUCCUCAUACCAUUUCCUACACAGAGGCACCUGCUUUCAGUACUCCUUUUAAUGAGAUGUUUUUUACACACGAACUGUCCCAGAAAUUCUCCAGGAAUUCUGCAUCAAUUUUUCCCAGCUACUCAGAAAACAAACUCAGUGAUUCCAAAAGUCCAGUGCCUUUCACUGAACCAUAUACAUCAUGUUUGUAUUGUGACUUAAUCUCAGUUUCUCCAGAAUCAUUUUUUUCAGUGCGACUCACGGAAAACGAGGUGGGUUCAGGCGAGUAUGGUGAGACGCUCUCAUUCGUGGUCUCUGAUGUAAAGAGCAUUGCAUCACUUACAUCAGAAAUGAGUGACUUCUAUGACAUGCCUGAACCCCCUCCUGAAAUCUUUGAUACUAGUUUUCCAUCAAGACCUGUUGUUUCACUUUCUUCAAGAUUUACUGAACUCUCUGAGUCAAAUUCUGUGGAAAUUAGCCUUAAAAGUAUAUUUACAUCCAUUUCCCCAUCCCAUUUCUAUAGCCAGUCUUCUGAAAUUAUAUCAUUGGAAAACAGCCUAGUUAAUUUCUCCUAUUCUGUGUCCGAAUUAGUUACAGUGGAAUCUAGUACAGGCAUUAUGGGAAAAUCGUUUUCUAAAGUGGCUAUGAUUUCUCCAGAAUCUGUCUUCAUGGAGAAUAUGAGUAUGUCUUCCAUGACAAUGGAAAAUUCAAUUUUGCUGGAAACAUCUGAAUUUAUGCCGUCAGAAAUCACACAUUUAUUUAGCACUGCACUUGAGUAUUUUGCCACAGACGACUCAGCUAUCAAUAGAUCAGACAUUGUAUCCAGCCUUUCAUUCAGACCCUUUUCCUCUGAACCAACUGAUCUGUCCCAUUUAUCAUCUGCUAUGGACACAUCUUUUCUAGCAAUGCCAAGUGAUUUAUCAACGCCUUUACCUCAUAUUUUGCCCACACUCCUUCCAUCAUCUGUGCUUUUUGACAAUUCAUCUGGUUGGAGUUCAGUUGAGCAACCAGCUAUUGACAUCACAAGUAUGGAGGCUUCUCUAGUCUCUUCAUGGCAAAGUUCAUUUUUUAAUUUAAGCUCAUCUUCUUUUCCAGUUAUGCACAGUUCUGCGGUGAUGCCAUCAUCACAUUUCUAUAUGAACUCCAUCUUACAAGAACCAACAUCAAUCUUGAUGGUAGAAUCUGAAUUUUAUUUUACCUCAGCUUUCACAGAAGCUACCUCUCACUUUGAGUCUUAUUUCACUAUUGAUACCAUGUUAACACAGCAGCUACCUGUGUCAGCUUCACAGCCUGUUUUCACCAGCAACAUCUAUGGGGAUAAUACACAUGUGAGCUUGUGGUUCACAUCAUUGCAGUCAACCCCUGUCUUAACUUUUUCACCUUUUUUGUUAACUACAGCUAUCGUUGAAGAUAGUGGUGCUACUGCUAAUUUCAGUCCAUUUUCUUCCUUCACUGAGGUACCUUCUACCACAGAUUUUUUUAAAACCACUCCUUAUACACCGUUGUCAGCAGAUAUGAACAGCAGUGUAAUUUCACCUACUGGACCAAUGGUUGUAGAGACAUCUUCAUUUGUGAAUACUGCAGUUGAAUCUGAUGUUCUAACAAAAACUAGCAUGACUGAGCAUAUUAGUAUGACAGCUUUUACUACCACCACUUCCAGUAGCAAAAUAGGACUUUCUUCAGUUACCAGUACGUCAAGUUCUUCUAUAUCCUCUUCAACCUCUAUCUGGACCCCUACACAGGUUACAGUGGCAACCAUUCCAACUACCAUGACUAAACAGCCUUAUGUUUGCGACAUUACAGUCCCUGAUAAAUACCUGGUAACAACUGAACUAGCACGGAAAUCUGUAGUACAAAAUAUCAGUGAAUCCAUCAAAGAAAUCCUGAAAAAUGAAUUUAGGAGAACGGUAGAACUAGAGGUGUACACGCUUUCUCCCAAAUUCUCUUUUCUGGUGACCUCGGGGCCUUUUGUUUACACGGCAAUUGCUGUCAUCAAUGUAUUGGUGAACAGCAGCCUUCUAUAUGGUGAAACACCUCUCAUUUCAUCAGUGCAACCAUCUCUUCCUGCUCCUGCUCUCCAGUUCCGAGUGCAAACUGUCCUUCAGUUUGUACCUCGAAGUAUUGACAUUGGGUUCUGUAACUUCAGCCAGCGCAUUGAAAAAGGACUGAGGUUUGCCUUUGAGGAGGUGAGAAAGCAUCAUCAGGAUAUUUCCAACUUCACUGUGCAGAUACUAAAUAUAACUCUGGGUCAGCCCAAAGCAGUGUUUCGGCAAGGCCCUGUGCAAAUUAUAUUUGCCGUUCGAGAGAAGCGUGGAUUCCUGAAUGGGUCUGAAGUUAGUGAACUGCUAAGAAACUUGUCUGUGGUAGAGUUCAGUUUUUACCUGGGCUUCCCAGUGCAGCACAUUGCAGAACCUGUUUAUUACCCCCAACUGAAUACUUCACACUUGAUGAAAUCUUCCUGGGUAAGAACAGUUGUUCUGGGAGUUGUCAACCAGAAAGUUGAAGAAGAAGUUUUUCAGGCUGAGAUGGAACGAAAGCUAGCCCACUUGUUGAAUGAGGCUACGGGCCGAGGGCGAAGAUGGAGAAGAGCAACUUUUGCUGGGAAGAACAUUGUGCAGAUGGUGAAUUUGUCACGCUUAGAGGAAGCCGACAGCCCAAUUAUGCUGGUCUAUUUUGUGGAAGAUCGAGAUGGGGAAAGGCUCAGUGCUGUGAAGGCAUCAGAUUUGAUUAAUAGGGUGGAUAUCCAGAAGGCUGCCAUCAUCCUGGGUUAUCGCAUUCAGGGUCCAGUGGCUCAGCCUGUAGAUCAAGUCAAAGAACCUCCUCCAGAAUCACAGAAUAAUCUAUGGAUUAUUGUUGGGGUUGCAGUCCCUGUAGCUGUGGUGCUAUUGAUAAUCAUAAUUUUAUACUGGAAGCUUUGCCGCACAGAUAAACUUGAGUUUCAGCCAGAUACCAUGAGCAACAUACAGCAGCGUCAGAAGCUACAAGCUCCUAGUGUCAAAGGCUUUGAUUUUGCAAAGCAGCAUUUAGGCCAGCAUAACAAAGAUGACAUCCUGAUCAUACAUGAACCAACUCCUCUGCCAGGACCAAUUAAAGAUGCCACACCUUCUGAAAAUGGUGACCUGCCAAGCCCCAAGACCAAGUUAUCUUCAAAGCCUUCCAAGAAUGUCCGACAUAGAGGGAGAGUUUCCCCUUCUGAUGCUGAUUCCACAGUGAGUGAGCACUCGAGUGGCAAAGAUACAGGAGAUGAGAAUGCAAGACUUCAAACAGCUGCUAAUGACGUGAAAUCUCAUAGAGUUAGCAAGACUGGAUUAAACAAAAUGGGCCCUCCGCAGAUCACUAAUGGAACGGAGCAGCCAUCUUCCGCCUCUAUCUUUGAGCAUGUGGACCGAAUGUCACGAUCCUCUGAAAUCAGUAGAAGAGUCCCUAGCAAGAUCCAACUGAUUGCUAUGCAGCCUAUCGCCAUGCCUGCAGCACAAAACCAACCCCUUUCUGACCGAGUUGCUGAAACCAACAAAAUUAAUAAGGAGAUACAAACAGCUCUGAGGCAUAAAUCUGAGAUUGAGCAUCACCGUAACAAGAUCCGGCUACGUGCCAAGCGUAAAGGACAUUAUGAAUUCCCAAUUGUGGAUGACGUGGUUAUCAUCGAUACCAAAGAACAGCAGCAGAUGUACCGCAAGGCACAGAUGCAGAUAGAUAAAAUCUUGGACCCGAGUGGCAACAUGCCAACUGUUUUCAUAGAACCCAGGAAGAGUUCCCGGGCAAAACGAUCCCCAAAGCAGCGUCGGAGGCAUCAGAUGAAUGGAAGCCCAAUGGAUGCAGACAAGGACAGACUAAUCACAACGGACAGUGAUGGCACGUAUAAAAGGCCUCCGGGUGUCAACAACUCAGCCUACAUUUCUGAUCCUGACCUUCCUGCAGAUCCCCAGACACCUUCUUCAACUGAAUUGGGAAAAUACUCAGGCCUUCCUUCCCAUGCUCUCCAAUAUGUCCCUCCUCAGCCAUCGAUUGAAGAGGCCCGGCAAACAAUGCAUUCUCUCCUGGAUGAUGCCUUUGCCCUGGUGGCUCCUAGUACCCAAGCAUCCAUCACCCAUCCUGGAGGGUCAGGAGGACAGUCAACAAGCACUCCUGUCCGGGCUCCAAGAGAUACCCCGAGCAGUCAGUGGGGGUCACCCUACAGCCAGGCUCACACAAGAUACAUGGAUUUUGGGAUGACUCCACCCUCAGCUCCAGGCCUACUGCAGAGGCAAAACCUUGGAUCUGGGUUUCUUCCACCUGUUGAAUUAAUACACCCAGAUUCGCAGCCAUCAGAUGUCCAAUAUUCCACUCGAGGCAUCUACCCAGAGGAAAUGCCAUCAGUGGCACGGCCACGACCAGUUGGAAGCACUUCAGGUUCUCAGAUACAGCACCUCACUCAGGUGGGAAUUGCUAGCAGGAUCGGAGGUCAACCAAUGGAGAUCCCCUCAGGCAGAGCAGGGCAUGGCCAGCCAGGGGAACAAGGGUGGCCCCCAUACCGCGGAGAGGAUGAAUUUGCUAGGAGAGAAGCAACACAUACACCUGGACAUCACGAAUAUUGCUCCUCACCAGUUUUCCAGAUGCCGCGGAAUUCGGCUCGACUGCCUUCAGCUCCACCUGUUCAUCUGCCAGCCAGCAACCAACAGGGCCCAGGGCUUUGCUACAACACCAGCUCCACUGAGGACCUCCAAACAGGACAUUCGUCUGCCUCCCUCAUCAAAGCAAUCCGAGAGGAGCUUCUCCGGCUCUCUCAGAAACAGACCAUUGUACAAAACUUCCACAGCUGAUUUGUUCUGUCCUUGCAAAUUAGCCAAUUAUCUGCUUCCUGUGGAAGCUUGAAUUGCAGGAAAAUCAGCAAGAGCCUGCUGUUCUUCUGUCAGAGGAGUAAACAUGUACAAUACUAGGGAUCUAUGAAGCAAGAGAAAAGAACUCUUCAG